AUGUCGAGCGUGGCGAAGAAAGAUAAGCCGACCAUGUCAGUGACGGCGCUUAUCAACUGGGCUCGACCGGCGCCGCCGGGCCCUCAGCAGCAGCUGGCGCAGGCGGUGCCCGUCUCCUCCACGGCGCUCCUGCAGUCCCUAGGAACAUCCUCGAACAUUCCCAACGUCGACUGCUCUAUCGACAUGCAAUGGCUGAACAUAGAAUCGGGGUUCAUGUCCCCCAUGUCUCCACCAGAGAUGAAGCCGGACACAGCGAUGCUGGACGGCAUGAGGGAGGACGCCACCUCACCCUCAGCCAUGAGGAACUACCCCCCGAAUCAUCCGCUCAGCGGAUCCAAACACCUCUGUUCCAUAUGCGGAGACAGAGCAUCGGGGAAACAUUACGGAGUUUAUAGUUGCGAAGGCUGUAAAGGAUUCUUCAAGAGGACCGUCCGUAAAGAUUUGACGUACGCGUGUCGCGAGGAGAGGAAUUGUAUUAUAGACAAGCGUCAGAGGAACAGGUGCCAGUACUGCCGCUAUCAGAAAUGUCUGGCGUGCGGCAUGAAGAGGGAGGCUGUGCAGGAGGAGAGGCAGAGGGCUGCGAGGGGCGCAGAGGACGUACAUCCGAGCAGCUCAGUACAGGAGCUGUCAAUCGAGCGUCUACUUGAGAUGGAGUCUCUGGUAGCGGACCCUAAUGAGGAGUUCCAGUUCCUCCGCGUGGGUCCCGACAGUAACGUGCCACCGAGAUAUAGGGCUCCCGUGUCCAGCCUCUGUCAGAUUGGUAAUAAACAGAUCGCCGCGUUAGUGGUGUGGGCUCGUGACAUACCUCACUUCAGUCAACUGGAGCUCGAAGACCAGGUCAUACUGAUCAAGGCCUCCUGGAACGAGCUCAUGCUGUUCGCUAUCGCUUGGAGGAGUAUGGAGUACUUGGAAGAUGAGAGAGAGAAUCUGGAUGGUACUCGGACAGCACCACUGCCACAACUGAUGUGUCUCAUGCCAGGGAUGACUCUCCAUCGUAACUCGGCGCUGCAGGCCGGCGUCGGUCAGAUCUUCGACCGCGUGCUGUCUGAACUAUCACUGAAGAUGAGGGCGCUGAGGAUGGACCAGGCCGAGUACGUCGCGCUCAAGGCCAUCGUGCUGCUCAACCCAGAUAUAAAAGGCCUCAAAAACAGACAGGACGUCGACGUUCUACGAGAGAAGAUGUUCUCCUGUCUGGAUGAGUACUGUCGCCGCGCUCACAGUUCCGAGGAGGGUCGGUUCGCGUCCCUAUUGCUGCGGCUGCCGGCUCUCCGCUCCAUCUCCCUCAAGAGCUUCGAGCAUCUGUUCUUCUUCCACCUGAUAGCUGAGGGCACCAUCGGCACCUACAUCAGGGACGCGCUCCGCAGCCACGCGCCCACCAUAGACACAAACUCCAUUAUGUAG